GAACCGCGUCGCCGCUGUGUGUGCGCGCGCAGCCCGCGGUACCCUGGUGGUCCAGGCUUCCCAGCCGCGUUUGACAGGUGUCCCCCGAAGUGGGGGCGCCCCUCGCGCGCAAGAGACAAGGAGCCACGGGCGCAGGCCCCGCCAGCACCAUGGGCAGCAGCUGUCGCAUCGAAUGCAUAUUCUUCAGCGAGUUCCAUCCCACACUGGGACCCAAGAUUACUUACCAGGUCCCAGAGGACUUCAUCUCCCGCGAGCUAUUCGACACAGUCCAGGUGUACAUCAUUACCAAGCCAGAGCUGCAGAACAAGCUUAUCACUGUCACGGCCAUGGAAAAGAAGCUGAUUGGUUGCCCCGUAUGCAUCGAACACAAGAAGUAUAGUCGCAAUGCCCUCCUCUUCAACCUGGGCUUUGUGUGUGAUGCCCAGGCCAAGACCUGUGCCCUUGAACCCAUCGUCAAAAAGCUGGCUGGCUACCUGACCACCCUUGAGCUGGAGAGCAGCUUCGUGUCCACGGAAGAGAGCAAACAGAAGUUGGUGCCCAUCAUGACCAUCUUACUGGAGGAGCUAAAUGCUUCUGGCCGGUGUACUCUUCCCAUUGAUGAGUCCAACACCAUCCACUUGAAGGUGAUCGAGCAGCGGCCGGACCCUCCCGUGGCCCAGGAGUAUGAUGUACCUGUCUUUACCAAAGACAAGGAGGAUUUCUGUAACUCGCAGUGGGACCUCACCACGCAACAGAUUCUGCCCUACAUAGAUGGUUUCCGCCACGUCCAGAAGAUCGCAGCUGAGGCAGAUGUGGAGCUCAACCUGGUGCGCAUUGCCAUCCAGAAUCUUCUGUACUAUGGCGUCGUGACACUGGUGUCCAUCCUGCAGUACUCCAAUGUGUACUGCCCGACACCCAAGGUGCAGGACCUGGUGGAUGACAAGUCCCUGCAGGAGGCGUGUCUGUCCUAUGUGACCAAGCAAGGGCACAAGAGGGCCAGUCUCCGAGAUGUGUUCCAGCUGUACUGCAGCCUGAGUCCUGGCACGACCGUGCGAGACCUCAUCGGCCGCCACCCCCAGCAGCUGCAGCAUGUUGACGAGCGGAAGUUAAUCCAAUUUGGGCUGAUGAAGAACCUCAUCCGGCGACUACAGAAGUACCCUGUGCGUGUGUCUCGAGAUGAGCGAAGCCACCCUGCCCGCCUCUACACUGGCUGCCACAGCUAUGAUGAGAUCUGCUGCAAGACAGGCAUGAGCUACCAUGAGCUGGAUGAGCGGCUGGAAAACGACCCCAACAUCAUCAUCUGCUGGAAGUGAGUCUGGCAGUGGCUGGAUGGGCAUGUCCUGCCUGCUGUACUGGUGCUGGACCAGUAGGUUAGUCCUGCUGGUCAACCUUCAGUUCUGUAAAUAAAGGCAUCCUGCUUCAAACCA